AUGUCACCCUGUCACAGCGAUUUAGACUAUGCCGGCGAGCGGUUGCGGCUUGUGGGAAGCCGGGUUGUCAAGCAUGGCAAAUUAAAAGAAUCUGCUGGGGAACAGCAAGGUGAUGAUGCUGAGGGACUUCUUCAUAGGAGGACGCCACGAGAUACUCCUCAAUUCGCAAAGCUGUUCUACGACUUGUGGUUCGUAGCCAAUUUGAAUGUCUUCGCCAGUGUGCACGACAUAACAGGAAAAAUCAAACUAGUUUCGUUCGUUGGUUACAUAGUGCUCCUCUGGACAACCUGGCUCAUGACCACCAUCUAUGACGUCCGCUUCACAGCAGACAGUGUCCUCGAGCGCUGCUGCAAAGCAAUCCACCUAGGCGUCAUGGUAGGCUUUGCGGAGAUCGGCACCUCCUUCAAUCCCGAAGCGCAGAUCAAAGCUGUUUUUCAGGCACUCUCGCUGUUUCUUAUGGUCUCGCGGCUUAUCCUAGCGCUGCAGUACGGUAUUGUCGCGUUCCAGGUGCGGAAGUACGUCGAUGGGGGAAAGCCCUUGCUGGUUACGGCGGCUUUGCAUUUUGCGGCGGCGAUGGUUUAUCUUGGGACCAUGUUUCGCUAUGAGGAAGGGAGGAACUCGAGGGUUUUUGUCGUGUGGUAUGUUGUCGGUGUUGUGGAGAUGGCUGUGCAUUUGGGGUGUUCGCAGUUGACGGACGUGUUGACGUUUGUGGGGAGUCAUUUGGGAGAAAGAUUGAAUUUGCUUACACUGAUUAUCCUGGGCGAAGGAGUAAUUAUUCUGGCCAAGAACGUCAUGUUGUUGGUGAAGGAUACCUACGUGAAACAGGCAUCCUCGUCAAUGUGGAGUUCGUCACUUAUAGGUUCGGUCGCAUCUUCUACAGCGCUGACAUAUUUCAUCUUCCAGCUCUACUUCGACUGGAUGCACAAGGAAGAGUCAAUGUCAGUCCGACAUCAAGUUUGGUGGGCAAGUCUCCACCUCCCAUUCCACAUCGCUCUAGUCCUUUUCCUCGAGGGUGCCAACCAGUUCAUCAUCUGGGCCCGAGUACUCGAGUCCGUCGCCGCAGCUACAUCCAAGAUUCGAAAUGCACGACACAGCUUAGUCCAGGCCAAACCAAAGUCCAUCGACGUGUCCAAGGCACUCGGGGACAUAAUGUAUCCGUUCCUGAGGAAGUAUCAGCCGGAAGAGGUGCUCGAAACGUAUACUCAUGUUAAAGAGACCCUGACCAAUAUUGGAGAAAUCCCUGACUCGUUCUGGAUCGUGGACGAAUCCGAAUCCGAAGACGGCCCGAUGGCCAUGCGCUGGAAAAGGGGCCUGGAAGAGCUAUUCAAACACAUGGUGGACUGCAUUUACAAUGCGUUUGACAUCGAGGCGCCUGAAAAGGACCAGGAAGAUAGUUCGGGCGGAGAGACGGGGUUGUAUAGCCCAGAAGAGACUACACAAGCCAUCACAUCAAGGUUCCGGCUCGUUUUUAUCUACGCCUUUGCCUGCGCCGGCAUUGUUCUACUGUUCCUUACGGUUAUGCACAUCAUCUCUAAGCGGAAGGGAUGGUCACCCUUUAACAUCAUCCGCACGGCCAUUUGCAUAGUCAUUUCGGUCGGUCUGGCGCUGGUGACCACCUUAGCAACCAAUGCGGAUAGACCCGCAGGUUUCAUAGGUAGUCCGUGGAUGUUACCCACGAUUACUCUGAGCUAUUUCGCCGUGUUAUUGCUGUCACAUCUACCUCAUCCGCCUGUGUAUACAUCAGGCACGCGGGUGAAAGCCAUGUACAUGGAGGUCGAGAAGCACUAG